GAACGUUAUCUGCUCGCACUGGACACCCAUCGUCGUCAUCUUCCGACUCCCUCCGGCUCGCCUCGCCAGGAACCUCGUUAGCUAUCAUGCAGCAGCAGCAGCACAUGGUGGCGGCGCUCCCGCUGCCCGGGCCGUCGCUCCGACGAGCUUUCCUUUGCAAUCCAGCGAGGGCGGGAGCGGCGGCGUCGCGGACGGCAGUGAGGAGGAGAUGCCAGGAAGAGAAGCAGCAGCAGCAGCAGAGCGGUGAUGGCGGCGAGAAGAAGAAGAAGCAAGAGAAGGAGAAGAGGACGUUCCUGAGCCUGGAGGAGGCCGGGCUGGUGGAGAUGUCCGGGCUCAGCACCCACGAGCGCUUCCUCUGCCGGCUCACCAUCUCGUCGCUGAACCUGCUGCGGGUGAUCUCGGAGCAGGAGGGGGUGGCGAUCGAGGAGCUGAACGCCGGGCGGGUGUGCGACUGGUUCCUCAAGGACAAGCUCAAGCGGGAGCAGAACCUCGACACCGCCGUCCUGCAGUGGGACGACCCACCGCCCAUCUAAAUUCCAACCGGCUCAUUCUCAUCUUAUCUUAGUACUACUACUAAUUUGUCAGAGCUUGUUGCUAGCUCAACCCAUCUGUCAGUUCAUCAACACGUUACAACACCAGGGCAAGACAAACACAAACACAGUUGUUUGCGAGUUUCCAGCUGUGCCAUGCUCAAAUCUGUAGUCAAUGCUCUGCUUUUGUUAGAGAGAGAUGAAUGUUACUCCCUCCAUAUUAUGGGGCGGAGGGAGUACGGUAUA